AUGGCAUUCCAGUGCCAUUUUGAAGGCUGUGAAAAGUCGUUCUCUAGAAAAUCAAAGCUGAACGACCAUCUUAACACCCACACGAACAACAGGCCCUAUAGAUGUGACAUGUGCGAGAAGUCGUAUAUGAAGAACUCUCAUCUCUCUGUGCAUAAGAAGGUGCACUUCCCUCCGGAGUUUGAGUGUCCAAGAUGCAGGCACAUGUUCCGCACAAAAGAUAAAUUAAGCAAGCACCAGAAAACGUGUCUAGAGUACAGGUGCAGCACAUGUGGGAAGAAGUACAAGAAGAGGUCUUGGUUCGAUGCACAUGUAAAGAGCCAUCAUGUCAAAACAUUUAAUGCAAGAAAGACUAGGCAUGUGUGUGAAUACUGUAAGUUUGAGUUUAGUAAGAAGGGUAAUCUCCAGACACACAUAAGAUCUGUUCAUCUUUUGAUCAAACCCUUCAGAUGCUUGUGUGGAAAGGAGUAUGCCCACAACAAUUCAUUAUAUAGGCAUAAGAGGAAGUGCAUCCUCCGAAAGACUGACUGCAAUCAGAUAAGCUGCGCCUCCUUAAAUUCAUUUCUAUAG